UUCAGGCAGCUCCCAGUGCAGCAUGUCGUUCACCCUUCACCUGCCCCGCAGACUUUGCCUGCAGUCUCUAUAAAAGGUAAAGGCUGUGUGAGUCACUGCCCCCUCCCGCUCCUGCCCUCUCUCUCUCCCUCUCACGCAGACACAGUUCAGCUCCGGCCGCCCAGCACAGCUCCUGCUGCUCUGGCAGCCAGAGGCAGGCUCUGCAGUGGAGAAGUGGGGCCGUCCCACUGAACUGGCCCUUGUUGGAGGAUGAGCUGCACCAGGCUGGGUCUCUCUCUCCUGCUGCUGGCUGCCCUGGGCUGGACGGAGGAUGAGCAUGGCUCAGAGGACUCUUCUCACCCCAAAAAGAAAGGCUGCUGGAGAGGGCAUGUCGGCUGCCGAGAGCGCUGCUGGAGGAAUGCCCCUGCACAGACAGUGCUACAGUUCCUGCCUCCAGUCCCCCAGCCCAAAUCCUGGAUCCGCUUCCUGUCUCUCAGCACCUGCUGGACCCAGCGCACACAGCCAGGGCACCCAUCCCAGCACCAGCUAAGCCCCUGGGGGCUCCCACCAAAAGUUCAGUCAGUGGAGAUGGAAUUUCUCCCAGCUUCACCUUGACAAGAGGACAUGACCCACAAAUGGUCCUGGCCACGGUCACUGGAGCUAUGCAGAUAAGGACGAGUGGCCGCUGGAGUUCCCAGACUGCGGUGGGCAGAUGCAGUCUCCCAUCAAUAUUGACACCAAUUCCACAAUCUUCAGCCAUGAGCUGCAGCCUGUUGUGCUGGCGGGUUACAACCUGGACCCCAGUGAGCGUCUCAGCCUAAUGAACAACGGACACACAGUUGUCCUUCGGCUGCCUGGCUCUCUGACUAUUGCCAGCGGCUACCCGCAGGAGUACAGAGCUAUGCAGCUGCACCUGCACUGGGGCUCCCCGGAAGGGCCUGGCUCAGAACACACCGUGGACGGACGCCGCUAUGAUGGGGAGAUCCAUGUGGUUUAUUACAACCCCAGCUCUGGCAGCAUCAAAGAGGCAAUGAGGCAACCCGGUGGCCUGGCAGUGCUGGCAGCUUUCCUGCAGGUUGGGCCGGAGGACAACGUGCACUAUCAGCCUCUGCUUGAGCAGCUGCAUAAGGUCCAAGAGGAAGGCACGGAAAGGACUGUGGCUGGAUUCAAUAUUGAAGGGUUGCUGCCCACCAACCUAAGCCGCUAUUACCGCUACAGCGGCUCUCUGACCACCCCUCCCUGCUACCAGACGGUGAACUGGACUGUCUUCAACCAGACGGUGCUGCUGUCCAAGGAGCAGAUCUCGCUGCUGGAGACCACGCUGCAGGGAGACGAUGACAAAGAUCUGCAGAACAACUUCCGGCUAACCCAGAGCCUGCACGGACGGAAAGUCCUAGCGAAUUUCCAGGCAUCCCUCAGCCCGAGACGGGUCCCGCUACCUGACGACGGCGUUCCCCCUGUGACGCCCGCCCCUGACGGUGCCACAGAGAGAAGCACGGCCGAAGCCCCCGGAUCAGAUGGCAGCGAUGCCCCUGUGACUCCUGCCCUUGAAGAUACUGCAGGGGGAAGCACCGACAAAGCGCCUGAAGAAGGUGCUGGCUGCCCACCAUGCGCAGAUUCAGAAAAACAGCUGGGCUUCGCCCUGCAGACAGGUGAGUGCUCCCUGCUGGGUGGCCCUGGCCUCUCCCCCCAUUCCCUGCCCCGGGGCCACCCAGCUUCUGCUACCUCGACCUCCUGCCCCAGGCCACACAGCCUCCCCAGCCUGGGGCCACCCAGCUUCUGCUACCUCGACCUCCUGCCCCAGGCCACAGAGCCUCCCCAGCCUGGGGCUAUCCAGCUUCGCUCAACUCCAGCCGUUGCCCUGGCGCUCCUGGCCUGUCCCUGCUCCUGUCCUGUGGCACCCCAGCCCUGCUCAGGGCCGCUAGCUUCCUCCUCCUCCCCCCCGGGAGCAUCNCUUGGCUUGUCCCACUCUCCCAGGACUAGAGCUCUCCCUCCCCGUCUGUGUCUAGGGCCUCACCCCCCCUUGCUCUCCUGUGUCUGCAGCGGAGGUGCUGGCCGGUCUCUUCGGGGUUCUCUUCGCAGUCACGGCUCUGGCCUUCCUCAUCUACAUCUACAAGCAGCAGAGCCAGAAUAGGAGGCCGGACUCUCACCCCAAGCCCAAUGUCAUCUACACAGCAGCCACCACAGAUGAGAACGCGGCGUAGGCGCUGCCCCUGCUGCCCUGCGAGGGCCUCUGGCACAUGGAAUGGAGACCAGCACACGCCUCCUGGGGCUCACCCAGCCAGACCCUGCCCCCUGCGGCCAGCCCAGCACGCCCUUCCCCCCUACCGGGGGGCCAGAGCAGCAGGGGCCCCUCAGCUGGGGCCUUCGCUCCUUGAGGCCUGGUUACCUGCACUGAGGCUCAGCAGAGACUGAGGGGGGAAACUCCCCCCCUUUCACAGAUACUUUUUUUAAAAACACAAUAAAAUAAAUGAAAUAAAAA